UGGUAGUACAGUAUAUUCCUCGGGCUUGUCCAUAUUUCAGUCAGACCUUGCCAGCUCGUGCAAGGACUGACCUUUCUCUGCUUCAUGGGCCUUUGAAGCAGCUUGAUCACUAGGAUUUUGUGGCGCGUUCCUCACUUGAAGUGCCUCACUUGAAGUACCUCCAUUGCUUGAAACGUCCUCCGUGAACCUCCUCCGUGUGCCUUAGCCGCCCCUCAGAAGCCCGUGCAAUGGCGACGUUCCGGAGCAGCAGCCGAGCUCUCACCCACGCUCGAUCGUUGCUCCGCUUAGGCGGCUUUCCUCGCAUUGCCGCUGGCGCCUCCGCUGCACGAUCUGCCACCCGCGACCCUGCUCAAGAAUACAUUCCGCUCCGAAGCUUCAACUCGACCAAGGCUGUGCCGCACACGACAGUCGACCUCUUACCACCCCAAACACUAACUUCAACCGCCACCGCCGCCGCCACCAUCCCGUGCCGCCUCCCGUUCGCAUGUGCUCACGUCGCCGCUAGCAGAAACGCAGUGCCGUGCUCCUCGAGCCGGCAGCUGCGGCACAGCCACGGGGCGACACCCGGAGCGGAACUCGCAGUCCCCUCCGAGCAGGAAGCGGUAUCCGACGCAGAGCACGCCACCAUCAAGCCGUUUCAGAAAGAGGUCAUGCUCGACGUGCUCCGGCACGUUCCUGCGCCCGUGGUGAUCGUGACUGCGGCGUACCAGGGGUCGAGCAGCGCCAGCGGCGGAGGAUCAUGUGAGGGUGAAGCUCAAGCGAAAGCGGACGACGAGUUGCACGUGCGAGGGAUGACGUGCAGCAGCUUCAUCAGCGUGUCAAUGGAUCCGCCGCUCAUCUCCGUCUGCAUCCGCAAGGGAUCCCACUUCCUCGAUGUGCUCAACCGCAGCUCAGGUUUCGGCGUGCAUUUGCUGAACGAGGCGAAUAAGAACUUCGCUAACGGCUUCGCACGACCAGCGGACAGCACACAAGAGACCUUCUCCAGUGUGGUGAAAGACUGGGAGCUCGUUUCUCUCUCAAACUUCACUGGGAAUAACAGCAAGUCUGCAUCUGACAGCAGUGAUGCAGGAGCCACGACUGGCAGCAACAUUGUGCCUCGCAUUGGAGGCACCAUGGCGAUGCUGCUGUGCCGCACGUAUGCCAUUCAUGAUGCAGGCGACCACCAGUUGCUUCUUGGCGAAGUACUAGCCAUGGACGUCAGUGACUUCCAUCCUCUCAUAUACAUGAAUCGCCACUACCACCAACUGGGCCACUCCAUCUAGUUCGCACCUUCCACCAAGGCCAAACACUAAGCGCUAUGGAACUUGCUAUCACCUUGAAGAUUUCUUCUGUAUCUAUUGGUAAUUGUUGUAGCUUGGUUGUGAGCCGAUGUGUGUGCGUGCUUCCUGUGUAAUUCAUUGUCAGAGUAUUGUGCAGUUUCCCAUGA